AUGCUCCGCCUGCGGAGCUGCAUCGCUUCCCAUAUUCUCUCUCCUCCCUCCACCUCUCCAAUUUUUCAUCUCCGCCGCCUCCUCUCCGCCACCGCGCCGCCCAUUCCCUCGAAUCCCGGAUUCGCCGUCGAGGACUACCUCGUCGACACCUGCGGCCUCACCCGACCUCAAGCCCUCAAGGCCUCGAGGAGGAUCCCCCAACUCAAAUCCUCCUCCAACCCCGACGCCGUGCUCUCCUUCCUCGGCGGCCUCGGCCUCACCGGCGCCGAGGUCGCCGCCACCGUCGCCAAGGAUCCGAAGCUACUCUGCUCCGACGUGGAGAAAACGCUGGCCCCUAAAGUCGUCGGGCUAACCGGCCUUGGCUUGUCGCGUUCUGAGAUCGCACGCCUCGUCACACUCGCCGGCACUCAUUUUCGCUGCGCUCCCAUCGCCUCCAGGCUGCAGUACUACCUGCCCUUCUUCGGCUCCUUCGAGAACUUCCUCCGGCCGGUCAAGCGCAGCUCCUAUCUCCUCGGCUUCGACCUAGAGAGAACAGUCAAGCCCAACGUCGCCUUCCUACAGGAAUGCGGGCUAGGUGACUGCGAUAUUGUCAAGCUGUGUGCGGUCGUGCCCAGGAUGCUCACUGCCAAUCCCAAGCGCGUCCGGGAAAUUGUGGCGUGUGCCCAAGGUAUAGGGGUGCCCUGUGGCUCUGGGAUGUUCAAGGAAGCAUUGCAGGCUGUCUCACUCCUUAACGAGGAGAAGAUCACCACCAAACUGGAGUUCUUGAAGAGGAUGUUCGGGUGGUCUGAUGCCGAACUGAGCCAUGCUGUAUCUAAGGCUCCAAUUUUACUGAGGAGGCCAGAGGAAGCGCUCCGGCGCAGGUCCGAGUUUCUCAUCUCUGAGGUCGGGUUGAAACCGGCCUACAUUGCUCAUCGCCCGGUAAUUAUCUCUUAUAGCAUGGAGGGCCGGCUCAGACCCCGGUACUAUGUUCUCAGGUUUCUUAAGGCAAAUGGAUUGCUAGAUCAGAACCAGGACUACUAUAAUGCAAUCGUACUGAGCGAGAUGGCAUUCGUGGAGAAGUUCAUAUGCCCUCACAAGGAAUCUGCACCAGACCUUGCCGAAGACUAUGCAACCAUUUGCAAAGGGGAACUGCCAACUAAUUUCAGGUCUACAUGAACUGAGAAUGUGCUAUGAAGAUUGGUAACUGCGUAUGGCGUAGCAAACUUUUCACUCUGCGUAGUAAGCUGGUAACUCCUGUUUUGGUGGUCUUUACUCUUGUUUCGGUGGUCUUUGUGUAACUGGAUGUUGCUUAUUUUCUAUAGAUGGUCUGUUACACACCA